AUGGCUGAUGAGCACCGCCACAGACACACCACAGCGACCACCCGAGAGCACCGUAACGAGUGGUCCACCGCCAGAGUGCACACUAUGUCGGCGCCACAGCCCAGCGCUAGUGAGUCGAGUGCGGGGACAGAUAGUGAUCAAGACUUUGAUCCAUCGGCUGAUAUGUUGGUCAAUGACUUCGACGACGAGCACACUCUCGAUGAAGAAGAGGCCAUCACUGAUGACGCCAAUGGUGACGAAGAGAUCGACGACUUGCAGAAGGCAUGGAUUGAUUAUAAUACUUUUGGCGACUUUUGUCACAUUUGA